AUGAACGGCGCCGCGGAUGGGUCAUGCGUGCUGCAGUUCGACGCGGCGACGGUGACGGAGUUCCUGCGGCUGCAGCGCGUGCUGAUGCGGCAGGACGCGAGCCGCGCCACGAACGCCGACACGCUGUCGUGGCUGUUCGACGCCGCCAAGGCGCGAAUCGACGAGCUGGCGUGGCGGGACGGCACGAAUGAGACCUCAAAGGGCGUCUUAACGAAUGACGACGGAUAUUCCCAGCCUACCGCCCUGGCAUUCAGCCAGCAGCACCCCGAGUGGAGCAGGAGCGUGCUCUACCUCCUCCGGUGGCCACACCACCAGCUAUCCCUCUCCUUCACCGCCCCUCCCCACCUGCUCUCCCUCGGGCCCCACAUCGCAUGCUCCCACCACAUCCUCUCCUCCCUCUCCCUCAAACUUCGACGCAUGGUAGACGGAGACGAGGAGCAGGAGCAGGAGCACGCACAGCAGCACUGGUCCCUUGCUUUCCUCAAAGACUGCUCGCAGCUGCAGCGGCUGAAGCUGGGCCGCGGCAGGUGGGAUUUCACCAGCCAAUGCGCCGACGCCACGUGGACGAAAUCCCUCCGCUGCCUCACCAUCAAGCACGUGGAUUGGACCAGCCUGGACCUCGAAUUCCUCAAGCAAAUCACCCCGCAGCUGCUAGAAUUCACGCUCUACGAGCCUGAGCCCUGCAGCCGCCUCGCACACGGCCCCCACGGGGCCCAUUAUGGCGGCUACCACUGCCUCUCCUUCUCUUUCUACGUUGCUCGCCUCCUCCGCUUCCGCUUCCCCCACUGCGACCUCAAGCCCACGCUCACCGUCUCCCCACGCUCACCGUCUCCCCACGCUCACCGUCUCCCCCACGCUCACCGUCUCCCCCACGCUCACCGUCUCCCCCACGCUCACCGUCUCCCCCACACUCACCGUCUCCCCCACGCUCACCGUCUCCCCCACCCUCACCGUCUCCCCCACCCUCACCGUCUCCCCCACCCUAUCUUCCCCUCCCUGGCGCUUUUCUGUGUUAUCGAUCGCUCAUAUUAUUGGGAGAGGAAGGGGAUGAGGGUGAUGGGCGGGCCUGUGGUGCACGUGAGGCAGGAGAAGAGUGGCGUGCUAAGGUGUCGCUUUGAUGCGAAGAAACGGGCGAAGAAUGUGAGGGAGAAGAUGCACAGUGUGAAUGGGGGGCUGGUGGAGGGAUACAAUGGGGAGGAGGACGAACGGCAUAUCCUGAAUCUCGCAACAGCCCAGCCCCCCCCUUCCUUCUCGCGUCCCUCCACCCAACCUGAUCCCUCGCAGCACCUCAAUGCCACGUGCAUGCCCCUCAACAGCCACACGCCUGUCAGCUAG